UGGUAACCGAGGUUUCCAUGCGGGCUGCAUUUUCAAAAGAAGUGCAGGGACUUCUUCCCUGCGUGUCACGGGGGGAAAUACUGGUACUUCUAGGUAGGGGGGAGCAUGUGCAGGGGCGGACUGACCAUUUGGAAACUCGGGCACUGCCCGAGGGCCUGGGGUCAGUAGGGGGCCCCAUGAGAUGCCCCUGGUACCUUUUUCAUAGGCUUUUUUGAGUUUGGGCAAGGACACAGUGGCCCCAUGAUCCCCUAUUGCCCGGGGGCCCCAUGA